AGUCGGUCCCUGAAGGAGCGACUCCUUUUCAAGGCUUUUCCCACCUAAAAGACUCGGGGCGACCGUUUUGAGAACUUCCUCCACCCCCGCCAGGCAGCGGCUAUGAACUGGACGGCACUGCAGGUCCUCCUCAGCGGGGUCAGCCAGUAUUCCACAGCCUUCGGCCGCGUCUGGCUCUCCAUGGUCUUCGUCUUCCGGUGGCUGGUGUUCGUGGUGGCGGCGCAGCAAGUGUGGGGUGACGAGGGCCGGGGCUUCACGUGCAACACGGCCCAGGUGGGCUGCAACAACGUCUGCUACGACGACAUCUUCCCCGUCUCCCACAUCCGCCUGUGGGCCCUGCAGCUCAUCUUCGUCACCUGCCCCUCCCUGUUGGUGACGGCCCACGUCAAAUACCGGGAGAAGAAGAACAAGACCUACACCCAAUCGCACAAGGGGAAGAACUACGCCAACCCUGGGAAGAAACGCGGAGGUCUGUGGUGGACCUACUUGGUAAGCCUGGUUUUCAAGAUCGUGUUCGACACCGGCUUCGUCUACCUCCUCCAUUACUUUUACAAGGGCUUCGACAUGCCCCGACUGUCCAAGUGCUCCCUGGAUCCUUGCCCCAACACGGUGGACUGCUAUAUUUCCAAGCCCACGGAGAAGAGAAUCUUCACCCUCUUCAUGGUGGUCUCAUCCCUGGUCUGCAUCCUCAUCUGCGUCUGCGAGCUGACGUACCUCAUCUGCCAGCGCAUCCUGAAAUGGCGGGUGAGGAGGAACAGGAGGAGGAGUCGGGAGUUUGCCGGCGAGCAGGAGAUGGUGUCGCUGACGGAGUUGUGGUCCAACAGGGUGGAUCCCACCGUCUCCAUCAACAACCUCAACAACGUGGUGGCAAAGGAAGGGCAGCCACAGCAAAAAAACGAUUCUCAAAGUAGAACUAGCAAAGUAAAGCACACUUGAGGAGAUAUAAGACUGACUGAGGACAUACUCAUCCAUUCAGGGAGGACUUUGGUAAAUAGGUUGAGUGACUUUUCGCAUUUUGGUGAAAACGACAAAAAACUUAAAUGUUUGAGGAUGUAUUUUGGUGUAUAUUUCAAUAAUUUUUAUUCUAUUGUAAUAUUUUUCUAUUUUGUUUCCAUUUAUACCGCCAUUAUUUACUUUUUAAAUUCGAUCUCAGUUUUGUACACUGCUGCUGGAAUUUUUAUUUUCCUGAGGGAACUCUCCUGAAGGAAUCAAUAACGUACUAUCCAUCCAUCCAUCCAU